GGCGAUUCGGUCGGGUCGGGAAACGACUUGCUUUUUCUGAUCCAGAAGUGAUUUCUUCAGAUGAGUGGGGGAGAAGAAACUGAUUGGGCACUUAAGUACCCCAAGUGGUCAAUUAAUGAGUGUGGUUUAACACAAUUUGGUCACAAGAGCGUGUGUGAUUGAAGAGGAGGAGGAAUUGGUUGUUUUGUUGUCGUUCUCGUAAGUGGAUCUCAGAUCGGGAAAUUAUGGCGAAUUACAAUUAGUGCUGGUGAUAAGUGAUGUGUGGUGAGAUUAGUGUUGAUAAUUGGAUGAAAUAUCACUCAAGUGACGGCAUAAAUCGCAUUAAGUUGGGAAACGGAGGGAAGAGUUUGGGCGGAUCGCUUUGAAUGGAUUAUCGCUGUUGGAUGAUGAGAAGUGAUACGAUUAAGAUUCAUCAUUGGUUUCCACUGAGGAAAUACUAGUGCUUUAGGACAUAAUAAGUUCUGCCAUUCAGAUCUUCUCGUUGAAAUCUGAUAUCGAGACGAUGGAAUAACUCCAGCUGUGCAGCUCGUGUUUGCGUUUCAGAAUUGAAGCGUGUAGUUCUACAGCUUCAGGCUAUACCUGCUGCCUAGAUUUUUUUUCCUCGCAAGAAUCCAACCAAAACAGGCAAAUGGACCUCUGCGGGAAACUGGAUGCGAGGUCCCAUCGGUGGUGAAUCGGUGGAAGCUAGUCAUCGCAUCGACCGGGAAACGAUGAGAGAGAGUAUGAAAAAUGCACUCUACAAAAUGAAUGCAUACCUGAAUAAAACAUAAAUCAUAAACCCUGGUUGGAACGACGGUUUGUUGCGAGCUUCGAAGCCCGUGUAGUUAAAAAAAACCAAUUUUUUUUUCUCCGGAAUUAUUGUCAUCGUCGUCCCCAUCGCGGGAAGGAAUUACACUCCACGUUCCGUGCGGUGGUUUGUGUGUACUUGUAAAUGCUCUCUCUCUGUAUGUGCAGCCGUGUUGUGCCAGUUCGUUAGGUUGGAAAGUGUGCCUCGGAAAAUGAUGUAAAUUUGAUUGUGGAAAGUUUGAUGACGUUCGUCGGCGGAGGAAAUUAUGGGAUGGGAGGAAAAUGCGCUUUGAAAUCGUUGCGAUUCGUGGAAUAGUUACCUGUGUGUAGUGGCAUGCUAUAAAUAGCAGUCGGAUGCAGAAAAAAGGACUUUGCAAACGGAUCUACAUUUUUGAAAAAGCUAGCUGGAAAAAAAUCUAUAAAUAAUGCAAAUGAGAUAUAAUCCUAAACUUGAAGAGAAUUUGUGCAAUGUUUGAUUCAGUGUUCAGUUGUUAUUUAGUUAUAUAUAGACCGAAUUCAUUUCCCAAAAUCAUCAAUUUUCCAUACAAAUCCCAAUCAAGCUGAUUUUUCGGGCGAGAAAUCCGAAUCCAAAGGGCCUCGGGUUAAUCGUAAUGGAGUUUGUGUAACUUUUCCACAGUGGUCAUCAUCAGUGGAACAGCUGAACAGAGAGAAAAAAAACAAGAAAACAGUCCCGUUCAGUGACACAAAAACAACAGGACUGCAGCCAGCAGACAUCGAAAUGAGUUUGUGAACGAGUCAAGAGAAAAAAAGCGAAAGCGUGUGGAGCGUAUCAUCCUCCCACCGAACGCCGCCCCCAAAUGAACUGUCAUGAAUUAUGAAAAUGAUUUAACGCUGAAGCCAAGCAGGACAAGCAGCAGCAGCGCGCGAUGGAUGGAGAAAACCGCAUCAUUCUCAACGUGGGAGGCAUCAGAUAUGAAACGUACAAAGCGACGCUCAAGAAAAUCCCUGCAACCCGGCUGUCUCGACUGACCGAGGCACUGGCGAACUACGAUCCUGUACUGAACGAAUACUUUUUUGACAGACAUCCCGGAGUGUUUGCCCAAGUGCUCAACUAUUACCGCACCGGCAAGCUGCACUACCCGACGGACGUUUGUGGGCCACUGUUCGAGGAGGAGCUGGAGUUCUGGGGCCUCGACUCGAACCAGGUUGAACCGUGCUGCUGGUCAACGUACAGUGUGCAUCGUGACACCCAGAGCACUUUGGCGAUAUUGGACAAACUGGAGCUGGACGACGAGCAGCCGUCGGAGGAAGCGAUUGCGCGGCUCUUCGGUUUCGAGGAGGCGCUUCUCAACGGAGAGCUGACUUGCUGGCAGCGGACCAAGCCCAAGAUUUGGGCCCUUUUCGACGAACCGUCGAGUUCGACCGGCGCCAAGAUCGUCGCCGGAAUAUCGGUCUUCUUCAUCUGCAUUUCUGUGAUAUCGUUCUGUCUUAAGACACACCCGGGACUCCGCGUGGAAAUCCCGGCCAUCCUAAACAUCUCGACCAACGCUAGCGCAAUCCUAGCGAAUACCACAGGCAUCGGGGGCUUCCUGCCUGUUGGUCUGCUCGACAGUAGCAUCAGUUGUGGUGGUGGUGUUGGCGGUAUUGGCGGUGGUACUGGUGGUAGUGGAACGGACCCACCAACGGAGCGGAUACCACCGCUCGCGGUCACCCAAUCCGAGCCCAGCACCCGACCGGAUAGUCCGACCGGUUCCAGUGAUGACAGCAAUGGCGCCACCAGUGGUUUGUACCAGCGCCCGGGCCGUUUCAUAUCCUCCGCUUAUCGGAUGCAGUCCGGCAAGGGGGCAAACAUCGUCGAUAAUUGGCAGGAGACUUACGGUCAACCGCACGAAGCGUUUUUCUACGUGGAACUGGUCUGUAACGUUUGGUUCAUCAUCGAGCUGACGGUUAGGCUUGUGGUCACCCCAAAUAUAGUGGAGUUCAUCAAGUCACCAGUCAACAUCAUCGAUCUGGCGGCCACUCUCAGCUUCUACACCGAUGUUUGCCAACGGAUGGGCGAACAAACCGGUCUGCUGGAGGCAUUCUCCAUCGUGCGGAUACUGCGGCUGUUCAAGCUGACCAGACACUCCCCUGGGCUGCGAAUCCUAAUCCACACCUUCAAAGCGUCGGCCCGAGAGUUGACGCUGUUGGUGUUUUUUCUAGUGCUCGGGAUAGUGGUCUUCGCCAGUUUGGUUUAUUAUGCGGAAAAAUUGCAGGAUAAUCCGGACAAUCAGUUCAAGAGCAUACCUCUUGGGCUUUGGUGGGCGAUUGUCACUAUGACCACGGUGGGCUAUGGGGACAUGGCACCCAAGACGUACGUGGGAAUGUUCGUGGGCGCGUUGUGCGCGCUGGCUGGCGUGUUGACCAUCGCACUGCCCGUCCCCGUCAUCGUGAGCAACUUCUCGAUGUUCUACUCCCACACUCAGGCACGGUCCAAGCUGCCGAAGAAACGCCGACGGGUGCUACCUGUGGAGCAGCCCCGGAGGAAGCGCGACGUCGGCGUCGUCCAUCGCAGGAUGAACGCGAUGAAGCAUCAGCACACCCACCCCACCCAUCCUGCCAUCUUCAAGGACGCCUUCGGUGGGGCGAAAAUCGGCCACGUGAACGGUGUGAACGUGAUAGGCCUUAGUCUGCAAGGACCAUCGGUUCCGGGACUGGCUGUGCUAAAGCCACCCUCCAUCAUGCAGCAAGGUGACUUUAUUAAUGUCCCCCAGCUGAAUUCCCUCCAGCCCCGGCAACCUACAACCGGAAACGUGGAUUUAUUGCUUCCAUUACAGCCGAAACUGUUGGUUCCUUUGAUGGAACGACGAGACUCCAACCGAAUAUCCGCGAUGGGAAUGUCGCCGGCGGCGGCAAUGGCCGCUGCAUUUCAGGAGGAAAUCCCGCUGGAGCCGAAAGUUACCCUUCACAAGGAUUCACAUUCAUCGAACAACGAGCAGCCGGAGUCUCCCUCGGGGGAAGAGGUCUGAGCGCGAUUAGCAGAAAGGAGUCUAGGAGGAAUUAGGCACCCCAAGACGCGAAGGAAAAUAAAUCAGAGGCAUUAGCUGCCUCUAAUGUUGGGCCUGCAGCUACACUGCGAGGUACAUUGUGACGACGCUGGCUGGCUGGCCGCUAAUGGUGUUAGCUAUAGUUGGGUGUUAUCUCGCGCUCCGGGACCGAUGUGAUCGGACGAGGGUUCUUCGUGAUCUAAAACAUGUGACCUAUAUUUGAAAUUAUCUUCGCUUUGAAGACGAAAGAAAAACGGUUUCCUAUUAGACUUAUCAACGGUUUAUUAGACCUAUUAGACUUAUCAAAGACAUAUUGAAUAUUUAGUCUGUAGAAAAACCCGGCCGCACUGUCGAAUUCGAACAAGACGCUGUAACAUGUCCCUAGCAUAAAUGUAUCUGGUAUCCAUUUUUUUCGACGACUUUUUGUAUAGAAAAAUUCCACGCCGAAAUAGUGGGAAAAAAAUUAGUAAGAGCCGACUUUCUCAGACUUCCUAAGCUUCGUACGACACAACCAAUUGCUACUCCUAAAAUAUAAUUUUCAUGCUCAAUUCUCAUUACGAAUGAUUUCAAACACAUCUAGUUUGGCCUGUAAUUGUGGUUUUCGUAGUUUUUCAAGACACUUAAACAGAAUUGCAUUAAAGGUAGGAGAGAUAUCAGUUUGGCACCUAAAAACAAGUCGUAGAGAAGUUUGAAAGAAUUAAUUUGGUUGAUUAAAGAAACAAGGUCGUUAUGAGAUUUUGUAUGAUACAUUAAGAAAACUUCUUAAGACCAUUAACUUUAUUUUUUUAUUUGUAAAAGGUUAAAAAAAUUAACUAAACUUUAUUCUACUGAUAAAGAUAUCAGGGUACUGUUUAGCGUAAAAUUAUUCAGUUAUCGGAAGUGCAAUUUUUAAAUAUCUGAAUCGAGGCAAGACACCGAGGCGAGGCACCAAGUGUAUGUUUGAAUUCGAAUUUAAAGAGUUACAGGAAGGUAACUUUUUCAUAUGAUGUAUGAUUACGUCAGGCCAUUUGUCACAUAUUUAUUUGAAUGUUCCUGAAAAAUUCCAUUAUUAAACUCUUUGAUAAUAAUUUGACGGCCUUAAAAAAGGGCCGAUUCUUUCAAGUGAUACAAUUUUUGCAAUUGUGGAUGAGUGAAUUGGAUGGUGCAUCUUCUUAUCUAUAUAUGUAAGAUUAGAUUUUUGUCUAUCUGAUUUUUAUGUACUCGGAAACUGCUGAACCGAUCGACAUGAAAAUUGGUAUGUAGGGGUUUUUGGAGUCGGGGAAGGUUCUCAUGAUAGUUCGAGACCCCUCCUCCUCUCUAAGAGGGGUUUCCAUACAAAUGGAACACAGAUUUCUGCAUUAUUCGAGAAUUAAUCAAGCUAACAAAACCAAAUUUGGCAUGUGGAGGUUUUAGGGUGCAAUAAAUGUUUCUAUUGUGGUUAAAAAUUCCUCCCCCCUUUCUAAGGAGGACUGCCAUACAAAUGAAACACAAAUUUCUGCAUUACUCGAGAAUUAAUCAAGCAAACUGAACCAAAUUUGGCAUGUGGAGGUUUUAAGGGUGCACCCGUGGCCGAGUGGUUAGCGUCAUAACUAACAUGCUGGGUGUUCGGGUUCGAUUCCCGUUCUGGUCGGGGGAAUUUUUCGUCAAAGAAAUUUCCUCCGACUUGCACUGUGAUCACGCGUAUUCUAGAGCUUGCCACUCAGAAUGCAUUCAAGGCGUGUUAUUUGGCAUAGAAAUCUCAACUAAGUACUAAUAAAAAUGACGCAAGUAAUACUACGUUGAGACGACGAAGUUCCUCUAGGAACGUUAGUGCCAUUGAAGAAGAAGAAGAAGAAGGUUUUAAGGGACAUUUCUAAAGUAGUAGGGUUUGCUACCACACAAAUGAAACACAAAUUUCUGCAUAACUCGAAAACUAAUCAAGAAAAUGGAAUCAAACUUGGUAUAUAGAGGUUUUAAGGAUCGAUAAACGAUUCUAUGGUGCUUCGAUACUCCUCCCCCUCUCUAAGGGGAGGCUGCCACACGAAAGAAACAAAAACUUCUGCAUAAUUCGAGCAAAUGGAACCAAAUUUGGAAUGUGAGAGUUUUUGGGUACGAGAAAUGUUUCUAUGAUGGUAUGUCACCCAUACCUCCUCUGGAAGGAGUUGGCAGCACCAUCUCAGAUAGUAGUGAAACGUUGUAGGUGUUAAGACAUGGGUCAUUUGAGAAACUUUGCAUACUUGAAAUAUUCGAAAAAGAAUCAGACUACUUUUUGGAAAAAAACAAAAUUUUUGUCUUAAUUUUUUACAAAAAAUUAUAAUUUAAAAACUAUGAUUCCUACAAAAUUCUUGUCGAAAGACGAAAUGUAGAAUUUAAAUUUUCACAAAAUAAUACCAAAAUUUUUUUGGAAAAAAUUUCGCUGACAAAAAAGUUAUUUUAAAAAUUAAAAUUCAUUUUUCUCAAAAACGUAUUUUUUUAAAUUCCCAAAAAUACAAAUAUCUUACAUGGAAAAAGUUUUUCGAACAACAACUUUCUCUUUUUUUUUCAUGCUUAAUUCGUAACAUUUUUAUGUAUAAAUUAUCGCAAUUUACAUGCUUUGCUAAUUUUUCUCUAUUUAAAAACAUGUCAAACGUGAGAAUUUACACACAAAAAUGUUACGAGCAAAACAUUAUUUUUUUUAAGGAGUCUUCAUACAAAAAUGACUAAUAUUCCAAAAACUGCAAAAGAUACAAUGUUGAUGUCUUCGACAACAGUUUAUAAUUUAACAAGGUCCAAAACUUUGUCGAAUACACUAUAUCGCUAUCUUUGCUUUAAACAAAAUUAGGCUAAGUUGUUUUUUUUUUCAAAGAAUACAUGAAAAAGUUGUUGUUCGAAAAACUUUUUUCCCUGUUGUUUGUUUUUCCCUUUCCCUUUUUCCCAUCUUCCGAUGUAUGGACGACUUGUUGGAAAUUGUAGGGGCUUUUCAUACACAGGUCGGACUCGAUUGUAUACAGUCGACCAUUUUUUUUCAACAAUUAUUUUCAAAUCCAAGAAAACAAUUUUUUCAUUAAUGUAUGAAUGUCAAACCUUAAUAGAAAAAUAGCUUUUUUGUGAUUCGAUUAUG